CUAAAACAGGAAGCAACGAGACAUACUUUUUUACGAAGACAGUCUGUGAAAACAACGUCAAACCGUGGAAGAAAAUACGUUAUUGUCCACGAGAAGAGAAACUACACAUCAAAAUCACAGCCUCUUAUUGUGGAUGCAUUUGAUUCAAUCUAAACGGAGAAGGUCUCUGUUGACAACAUGGGACAGCAUCUAGGAAAACGCGAGCCACAGCCGCAGAGCAAGCCUUCGUCACCAGAAGCAGAACAGAGCAUAGAACCAGCACCCGUUGGUGAGACCAUGGCAGAACCCGAAUCACAAGAUGAGGUCUUUGGCCUGGGUGAGGCAGAUGUGAACCCGAACAAUGGCUGCCCCUCUGAGAAGGCGGCGGCGGUGACUGACUCCACGGGCGCUGAGGGGCCCAACAGCUAUGAGGCCAGCACAGCUGAUGCUGACGAUAGCGCCGUGCCACGCCCCCACCUGGUCCGCCUCUUCUCCCGAGAUGCCCCGGGCCGCGAGGACAACACCUUCAAAGACCGCCCUUCUGAAUCGGAUGAGCUACAGACCAUCCAAGAGCACAGCGGAGCGGGAUCAGAGUGCGGUUCAGAGGAUCAGGAUCUAGACUAAGUUUGUUUCUUUGCCCUCCUUUCUCGCUCUUAAUACCCCCUUCGCUCUUACCUGAGAGACCGAACCCCACUUACAGAGAUACUAGCAGCAUUACCCAACCCUAACCACCGACAUGGCAACUGCAAGCUCCUCUGGACUGUCUAGCCUGGGAAGGAAAAAGAAGGCCCCUGGCCUUAUGGAUCAAAUUGGGAACUUCUUUGGAGGGGACAAGAAGAGGAAGAGCAAGGUGAGGAAAGGAGAGAGUUUGAUUUGUUUCAAAGAUACACCUUUAAAGUACCAUGGUUCAUUUUUGUAUUCAGUCUUCAUUUGACGAACUAAUGUCUGACUUAUGGUUUUGGCAGAUUGUGAUCUGCAAGAAUUUGUCACAAGUUUUUGUUUCAAUUUGCUUAGAUUUGAUGUCGUUUUUCUUUUUUCUUGUGAUGUACCAAAGUUUAUGACAUUCUCCUGAAAUGUGCUUAUUUGCGAAUGAAUGGCAUUGAAAGCUACAUUUAGACACUGGAUAACUGAUUUGGGUGUGGUUUGAGAUUAGUGUAGCGCAAAGAGGCUUUGACUUAAAGUCAUUGGAAUAAUUGUUUUGUGAUUGUUAGUACCACAAUUUUUUUUUAUUUAAAAUUGUAUAUUUUACAUUUUAUUUCAGUUGGAGCUUCAAAGCAUCUGUGCUACUUAUAUGGUCAUAGUUGUGGUACAGUACAAGUGAAUGAUUGAAUUGAUCCAUUUACGUGUGUGUGUGUGUGUGUGUGCUUUCAUUCCAAAUAUACUGUAUGCUUAACUCAUAAAUAUAUCUAAAACUGGAGCCGUUUUAAAGUUGUGUAUCAGGUAUUUUUAAGAGAGAGUAAUGAUUCGGGAGAUUUCAUGGGGAAAAUUGUAAGAAAUGUCAUAUGUCAGCACCCUUACUUGGAUGUAUUUUGGGAGAGACUGUUAUGAUUGUUAGGCUACCAAUUUACCUGAUUUCUGAGUCUUUAGUUGUUUGCCAUUUUAACUGUGGAUAGUCCAUGGUGGGGAACUAUAACCUAAAUGCCUUGCAUGGACCUCCAUCGGGUGUGGAGAGAGUCUUCGACUAGGAUUCUCUCACUCCUUUACAAAGACAGCUCUAGCCCAUAAUAUUGUACAUAAUCCAACAUAAAUAAUAUAAUAUACUAUAGAGUAGGAGAACCCAUUUAUCUCGGCUAAUCCUUAUCCUAUAUGGGUUUAUGUAGAAUUCAAGAUGCUGCGUUGUGUAGUCGGAGUUCAGAUAAUAUAUGUCAUUUAGAGGACGCUUUCAUCCAAAGCGAUUUACAGUCAUGCGUGCAUACAUUUGAAGUAUGGGUGGUCCCGAGAAUUGAACCCACUAUCCUGGCGUAGCAAGCGCCACCUGGACCCAGAUGUGUGUGUGGAUAACUGUUGCGGUACAGUGAGAAUAGUUGAGCCCACAUUGCCUUGUUUGUCUCGCUCUCUCUGUGAUGUGCUAAAUGCUAAAUCCCAAAGCCUCUCCUUUGAGCUGGUGACAAGGGAUGUUGAUAUGGCAACCCAGUGCAGUGCACAUUUCAGUCCGCUUGGCACUGUUUGUGUAUCAUUUGUCACCUUUGGAAGCAGAGGAAAGUCUGAAACAAAACGUACUGUAUAUUUCAACAGUUAUGUGUUGAAGUUGGUACAGUGUGUUGAAGAGAGAGUUCAAGUCCAACUCUGUUAUGUUGUCCAGCUCUGUUUCACUCUGGGGAUUGGGAGUGAGUUCCUCAUUGGUUCAGAGAGGAGAAUGGUAGUUUGAGAUGGUGAUCCAAUAGGUUGUAGAAUGUGGUCUGAACUGUCUCAACAAUAUGCAUUCUCCCAAGCCUUAUAACAACUUCAGAGAGGACAAAAAUCUUUUGACUUUUGCAUAUUUUAAUUCAAUCCCAGAUCAAAGUAAUUUUAGCAGUUUUUGUUUUUCAUUUCGGAAUGAUUUGGUUGUGUGCAUUGUAGAUCAGAUUCUUUCACAUUUUAAACAUCAUUGAAAUGUACUGCUAAAACAUCUGUCACGAGUGAAAAUGUCAGUGUUUUGCCUGUCAAAAUUGAAUGAACAAAAUUAUUGUAAAAAGAGGCAGUAUUAGCUUUUUGGUUUUAUCUAUUUUAUCUAUUUGUUUGAAUUUCAUUGUCACCUCUUUCUGUUCUUUCAGGAAAUGGUAUGUUGUUUUCUACAUCAGAGUAGUGGAGUUGCCUUCAGAUGUGUGAUAAGUGUUUGUAAUUCAAAUACAUGAUCCCUAACUCUCUGUUGCCUCGGGCAGAAUAUAUUUUUUUUUUCUGCACUGAUCAAAGUUUAAAAAAGGAUAAACAUAUUUAAA